AUGACCAAUGUUCGUCAGAUGGACUUUGAAUGGUGUGAUGUUACUGUCCAACGGGUAGGAGGCUGUAUAGUAAUGAGAGUGUAUGCAUCGGAAAGCGGACAGAAAGGUAACAGUGCUUUUGUAUGGCCUCAAUUGCACUCGUUCAAUCCUGGAAUCCAUUCUCCAGAAACGUUGAUGCAAUCACUCUGUUGGAAACACGAUUCCGAGGAUAUGACGAAGCAGGGUGCCAGUUUUAAUUCCAAAGGCAGCAAACCAUCUUCUGUCGGAUUUGCGACUUUUGUCGAUGCAAUGAGUGCUCGAGUUGUUGCUCAGUCUGUGCAUUACCCGAUCCCGGGCUAUUGCAAGACAAGUCUUGCACCUGAACCUCGUGAUAUCAUUUGGAGUAAUGUUUCCGUUCCCUCGAACGAGAGACGUGUUCGACAACUUCUCGUUUCCGCCUUUACAAUUGCUUUGUUCGUCUUCUAUAUUCCGCCCUUGACAUUCCUUGCUUCUUUGCUCAGUCCAAACACGAUCAAGAAGUACUUGCCAGCAUAUCUACAAGGUAUCAAAGCGCGUAGCUUGAUCGAAAUGAGCGUGUUGAAGAGGUAUCAUCUUUUCUUGAUGAUUUCCGUCAUCUUCAUUUGCCUCAUCACAUCGACCGCACUGGGAGUACUUACGGAUCUGGCUGGAAAUCCGAUGAGAAUCAUAGAUAAGCUCGCUCAAUCUUUACCACAAGUACGUCAUUUCAGUUUGUCGUACGUGGUGUUCCAGUCGUUGGCCAUCAUACCGUUGCAGCUUCUACAAUUACCGGUCACACUUGGUCGUGCGUUUGGUCGACUGACGGUAAAGACACCUCGUCAACAUGCUGAACUGAACGCUCCACCUCAACUAUACUCUGGAAGUGUGAAUCUUGCCGCUUUAAUCGUGUUCACAUUGGGUAUUCUUUACAGCAUUGUGACGCCAUUGAUCACCGUCUUUGCAAUGAUCUACUUUGCUUUGGCAUAUCUGGUGUACAAGUACAAGCUCUUGUUCGUUUUCUACCGAUCAUACGAAUCAAGAGGACAAGCAUGGCCUUUGUCAUCGAUGCGUUGCAUUUGGGCUCUACUACUCUUUCAAAUCUUUCAACUUUCCCUCUUUUCGGUUCGCAAGCAGUUGCUAUUGUCCACUUUGACGUUGCCUUUGAUUGCUUUCACGUUUUGGUUCCAACAUUACCUCUCGCGAACAUUCACAGAGUUGAGCGAGUAUGUUAGCUUGAGCAGCAUUGCCGAAAUCAACAAGCCAAGUCUACAGCCAGGAACAGGAAAGGCACAGGCAACGCUCGCACCAUCAGCAGAGAUCGCCAAUGCCGUUGCUAAUAAUGCUUCAACGAACGACAACAAUUACAGAGAACCUCCGGCAGCGGGCUACUGUUAUGGAGUUUUGAACACCGGUCGAAGACGUUAUGGACAUCCUGCCGUUGCUAGUACAUUGCCGGAAAUAUGGCCUCCAGUUUAUGUAGAUGAUGACGACGAGAAAGAUGAUAACGAGCAAGAUCAAAGCAUCUCUCAAUCAGGCACUGCUGGUUUACCUGCCGAUAAUAGCGAUAGAGGAUCAUUGACGGGCGUUGGUAGUGUGCUGGGAAGAACACGAAGACAGAGCAGACCACACGAAGCUGUUGUAGUCUCUUUACGAAAGCGCAAAUCAUCUUUGAUCCCUUCUUCAAGUCUGUCAAACGUCUCU